AUGGCGUCUUCGAUUCUAAGGAGCCCUAAUCUCACUUCACCAUCAUUCGGUCUACCUUCUAUUCCGGCCUUAUCCUACUCUCACUCACCAUUAUCAUCUCUUCAUUUCCGAUCAUUCCACCACGAACACCGUUCCGUCUCCGUUAGCGCCGUCGGAAAGCUCCGUCUCUCCUGCUCGCUCUCCGAUUCAUCACCUUUUCCAACUCAUUCCCCUCGCCGUCGUCCCGAUUACAUCCCCAACCGCAUUUCCGACCCAAACUACGUCAGAAUCUUCGACACGACUCUCAGAGACGGCGAACAGUCUCCCGGAGCUACGCUGACAUCGAAGGAGAAGCUCGACAUCGCUCGUCAAUUAGCCAAGCUAGGCGUCGACAUCAUCGAGGCCGGAUUCCCCGCUGCUUCGAAAGACGAUUUCGAAGCUGUGAAGACCAUCGCCGAGACGGUCGGCAACACCGUCGACGGAAACGGCUACGUCCCUGUGAUCUGCGGGCUCUCGAGGUGUAACAAGAAGGACAUCGAGACGGCUUGGGAGGCUGUCAAGUACGCUAAACGGCCUAGGAUCCACACGUUUAUCGCUACCAGCGACAUUCACUUGAAGUAUAAGCUGAAGAAGAGCAAAGAAGAGGUCAUCGAGAUCGCCAGGAAUAUGGUUAGAUUCGCCAGGAGCUUGGGCUGUGAAGAUGUUGAAUUUAGUCCUGAAGAUGCCGGAAGAUCCGAGAGAGAGUACUUAUACGAGAUUCUUGGAGAAGUGAUAAAAGCAGGAGCAACAACGCUCAACAUACCUGAUACUGUUGGUAUAACUUUGCCGAUUGAGUUUGGUCAGUUGAUUGCUGAUAUCAAAGCGAAUACUCCUGGGAUCGAAAAUGUUAUAAUCUCUACGCAUUGUCAGAAUGAUCUUGGACUCUCCACUGCUAAUACUUUAGCUGGUGCACAUUCAGGUGCAAGGCAAGUGGAAGUGACGAUUAAUGGGAUUGGUGAGAGAGCUGGAAACGCUUCAUUGGAAGAGGUUGUGAUGGCUAUAAAAUGCCGUGGAGAUCAUGUAUUAGGAGGCCUGUUUACUGGAAUUGAUACUCGGCACAUUGUUAUGACAAGCAAGAUGGUUGAAGAGUACACUGGUAUGCAAACGCAGCCACAUAAGGCUAUUGUAGGAGCUAACGCCUUUGCGCAUGAAAGUGGUAUUCAUCAGGAUGGAAUGCUGAAACACAAGGGUACAUAUGAAAUUAUGUCCCCCGAAGAGAUCGGACUUGAGCGAUCGAAUGAAGCUGGCAUUGUUUUGGGAAAGCUUAGUGGGCGUCAUGCACUGAAAGACCGUUUGAAAGAGCUUGGUUAUGAACUGGAAGAUGAGCAGCUAAGCAACCUUUUCUGGCGUUUCAAAGCCGUUGCUGAGCAAAAAAAGAGAGUCACUGAUGCUGACAUUAUAGCAUUAGUAUCUGAUGAAGUUUUCCAGCCAGAGGCCGUGUGGAAACUCCUGGACGUGCAGAUAACUUGUGGAACUCUCGGUCUCUCAACAUCAACUGUAAAACUUGCUGAUUCCGAUGGCAAAGAGCAGAUAGCUUGCUCUAUUGGAACCGGACCUGUAGAUGCAGCUUACAAAGCAGUUGACCUUAUCGUCAAGGAACCAACGACUCUGCUUGAGUACUCAAUGAAUGCAGUGACAGAAGGCAUUGAUGCUAUUGCAACCACUCGUGUUCUAAUCCGCGGAGACAACAACUACUCUUCAACAAACGCAGUUACUGGUGAAUCUGUCGAAAGAACAUUUAGUGGAACCGGAGCAGGAAUGGACAUUGUGGUGUCAAGCGUUAAAGCUUAUGUUGGAGCUUUGAACAAAAUGUUGGGUUUCAAAGAACAUUCCUCCUCCUCCGCUCCUUUGGAGACCAACAAAGUCAUUGCCUGA